AUGGCGGCAAUACUGGCUUCUAAUAGCUGCUAUUGCCGUGAUGUACAAUUGGUAAAUCAAGGAAGAACAGCUGAAAAUCUCAGCUUCUCAAGAUCUCUUUCUAUCCAGAAGUUGGAUCGCCAUGAAUGUGCUUCACAUAAAACUGAAAGGUUUCGCAAAUUUCAUGUUAAGAUGCAGCAGACAGAAUCGCCCAUGAAAUUUGGUACCAACGGUCGACCUGUAAAGUUGGAUACAAAUGGUCAAACUGUGAAGUUGGGUGCCAAUGGUAAACCAGUAAAUUUGGGUCCCAAUGGUAAACCUGUAAAGUUGGGUUCCAAUGGUAAACCAGUCACCAUGGUUUCCACCAGUGAACUUGUAAACAACAAGACACCAUCCAAACAAACAUCAGGAUUAGUGAAUGGAUCAAGAUCAGCACAAAUUGUUAAUGGAACAAGUCUUGUUAAGAGAGAAACCACUCCAGCACUAGUUAAGUCUGUAAAAGAUAAAGAACCCACAGGAUUUCCAUCUUCUGAAGAAUUAAAGGUCUUGCCAUCAGAUGAAAGUUUCAGUUGGGCAAAUGAAAAUUAUAAUUCGGUACAAAGAUCAAUAGAUGUUUGGUCUUUUGUUCUUUCUUUGCGUGUUCGCGUUCUAUUGGACAAUGCAAAAUGGGCAUAUCCUGGAGGCUUCACAGAAGAAAAACAGAAAAACAGAAGAAGAAAAACAGCUUCAUGGUUAAGAGAGAGUGUGCUUCAACUUGGCCCAACUUUUAUAAAACUAGGGCAGUUAUCUUCAACAAGAUCAGAUCUAUUUCCACGUGAAUUUGUCGAUGAGCUUGCUAAAUUACAGGACAGAGUACCAGCUUUCUCACCAGCAAAAGCAAAAGGUUUUAUUGAAAAAGAAUUGGGAGCUCCUGUUCAUAUAAUCUUUAAGGAGUUUGAAGAAAGACCAAUUGCAGCUGCUAGUCUUGGUCAGGUACAUCGUGCAAUAUUACAUAAUGGAGAGAAAGUGGUUGUUAAAGUUCAAAGACCUGGUUUGAAGAAACUUUUUGACAUAGAUUUAAAGAAUUUAAAGCUGGUGGCUGAGUAUUUUCAAAGGAGUGAAAGUCUUGGUGGUCCAACAAGAGACUGGAUAGGCAUCUAUGAUGAAUGUGCCAAGAUCUUGUAUGAGGAGAUUGAUUAUAUAAACGAAGGGAAAAAUGCUGAUAAAUUUCGUAGGGAUUUUCGUAAUGUUAAGUGGGUCCGAGUGCCUCAAGUAUUCUGGGAUUAUACUGCAACAAAGGUGCUAACUUUGGAGUAUGUACCAGGCAUUAAGAUCAAUAAUUUGGAUUUGAUAAAAGAAAGGGGUUACAGUCGAUCUCAAAUCUCUUCACAUGCCAUUGAAGCAUACCUGAUUCAGAUACUGAAAACUGGUUUCUUUCAUGCUGAUCCUCACCCUGGAAAUCUUGCAAUUGACUCUGAUGAAUCACUAAUCUACUAUGAUUUUGGCAUGAUGGGGGAGAUUAAAUCCUUCACUAGAGAAAGAUUGAUGGAUCUUUUUUAUGCAGUUUAUGAAAAAGAUGCAAAAAAGGUUAUGAACAGUUUGAUAAGUCUUGAAGCACUUCAACCUACUGGAGACAUGUCAUCAGUGAGAAGAUCUGUUCAGUUUUUUUUGGAUAAUUCUUUAAACCAGUCACCAGAUCAGCAAACAACUUUGGCUGCAAUAGGCGAGGAUUUAUUUUCCAUUGCCACAGAUCAACCUUUCCGCUUCCCAUCAAACUUCACAUUUGUGAUUAGGGCAUUUUCCACUCUUGAAGGAAUUGGCUAUUCACUGGAUCCAGAUUUUUCAUUUGUCAAGAUUGCUGCACCUUAUGCACAGGAGCUAUUAGAUCUCAAACAACAGCGCAGUGGGACACAACUUGUACAGGAGAUACGAAAACAAGCGGAUGAUGCAAGAUCAUACACGAUGUCAAUGCCUUAUAGAGUUCAACGAAUCGAAGAGUUUGUAAAACAACUAGAAUCAGGAGACCUUAAACUUCGUGUCAGAGUUCUCGAGUCUGAGAGAGCAGCUAGGAAGGCAACAAUAUUGCAAAUGGGAACCCUGUAUACAGUUCUCGGGGGUACACUUGUAAAUAUUGGUCUCACAAUGACCACUCAAGGCAACCAACUUAUAGCAAAUGGGUCAUUUAUUGCUGCUGGUGUUUUUCUAGCAUUACUUAUUAGGUCAAUGCAAAGGGUGAAGAAGCUUGAUAAUUUUGAAAAGAUGAUCUAAAUUUAGGGACAUUAUUUAGGUUCCCAAUUUAAGUACCUAAAUAGCAUUUUUUAAACACAUGUAUUAUUUUGUAUACAUAGCUGUAUAGAAAAGAAAGUAAAGCUCAAUUGCAAAUGGAUACAAUAUAGAAGUCCCUUUGCUUUUUUUUUUUUUACCAAUAUAAAUGUAUUUAAUUUUACCC